CCACUUACUUGAAAAUGGCACAAGCAAUGAUGAAGAAGAUCGCCAUGAGCAGCGCUUGCGUUAUGAUUGGCCUCACCAGAAGAGCCAGUGCCCGCACCCUGGCCACGAGUGGACAAUGUCUCUCUUCCAAGAAGAAGGAGCGUGAGUUGCCGGCAGAGGGGGAGAUCACAAAGUCAGUCUUCAUGUCUCAAUCUACUGACAUUUACACCAAUCUGGCUCUCGAAGACUGGAUGUACCGUAACAUGGAUUUCUCUAACCACCAUGUUAUGAUGGUUUGGCGGAAUGAGCCAUGCGUUGUGGUUGGUAGACAUCAGAAUCCUUGGUUGGAGGCCAACGUGUCACAUCUAGCUGAAAGGGAAAUUGCCUUGGCCCGCCGGAACAGCGGCGGCGGCACCGUGUACCAUGAUCGCGGAAACCUCAACAUUACAUUCUUCACACCUCGUGAGAGGUAUGACAGGAAGUACAACUUGGAGUUGAUCAAGAGAGCACUUUUCCGGGGCUUUGGCAUCAAGUCCACCAUCAAUGAGCGACAAGAUCUCAUUGUCAGAGACAAAUACAAAAUUUCUGGCACUGCUUCAAGGCUGAGCCGUUUGACAGCGUACCACCACUGCACCCUUCUAGUCAACGCCAAUAAGGCAGAUCUCAGCAAAGCUCUGGCUAAAAGAGAGCAUGGCAUACAGACGAACGCGACUCCGUCCACGCGUUCCCCGGUGGCAAAUCUGGCAGAGAUGGACAACCGGGUGACUGUGGACAGCCUGCAGACAGCUGUGGGCUACGAAUUCCUUCGGACGCCAGCCCUACACCUUGGAGACGGCGGUCAGGACAUGAUUUCAAAGCAGCGAGGAUUCCAGUUUGUUAACCCUACAGAUGAUUGGUUCCCAGGACUUGCAGAAUUGAAGAACGAGAUUCAGACUUGGGACUGGUGCUUCGGCAGGACUCCGGACUUCACCGUCAGUCGCAACUUCCCGGUACCUGCAGAACUCUUGGCUCCGUCCAAGAUCUACUCAUCCACUGAGGAGCUCGUCAUUAACAUGAGCGUAGUGAAAGGUCUGAUCAAUGACGUCACUCUUAAAAUUCCCCCGGGUCUAAUAGAAUCAGGUUUCCAUGGAGAGGCUUCCGUAAUCACUCAUCUCAAAGGGAAGCGAUUCACAUCCGAAGCCCUUACCGCGCUCCAGGAGGCGAUGUUGACUCGUCACUUGAGUUCUGACGUUAAGCAGUUGGACGAGAAAGAGCAAUUUGUCGCGAAAUGUUUCGAUCAAGUGGUCAAUACCAUCUAAACAGUCUUUGUAAAAAAAACGUAAAGGUGCUAUCUAAUAUGUAUAACAAUGUAAAAUAUACUUAGACUAGACAUUUAUCUGUACAAGGAUAUGUUUAUCUAAUGAAAUAAAUUGAUAAGCUGCUAGUGUCUCUACAGUGUAAAUAUAAUAUUUAGGUGAUGUACAAAAUUAUAUUUUUACAAUAACUAGCUGUUUCAGAAUAGUCUUAUGUGCCUGUAUGUUGUCGCUUCCUAUGCCUAUUAUCCUUUUCGUGUUUUCAAAGGUGUUUGGUUUCUUGUUUGUAAUUAAUUUUCAAUCUGCUUAUUACAUUGUGUUCUUUUAGUUUAGAAUUAUAUUUUAUGUUAUUUGUAUUCCUGACACUUAAUAAUUGCAUUCAUUGUUUUACGUGAAAACAACAACUAGCUCAAGGUCCGUUAGUGCUUGCUACCACCAGUAGAAUUUUCACUAUUAAGUACAAUGACUAAUCUGAUUUGAAUGAUGAGGCAGGGCCUCGAUGUAUAAAUUAACACGUUGAUUAACAAUUGAAUGCACUAUUAAGUUUGAGGCGUACGACAUCAACACGCGAGUCGCACCUUUGUGCUGAACGCUACAAGAAUGCAUCAUAUCAUUUGUUUUAAUUAAUUAAAUUAUAAUUUUUAUAACUGGAUUAACUACCCAUGUAAUGUUACUUAUCGACAUUUUACGUAGCAUGUAAUCUAUUUUAAGCUUCGUUGUACCCCGAAGACCGUUUCAUAACAAUCUUUUGGUUUUCAUAAGAUCUGCCCGCGACGGGAACUUUUUUGUAUGAAAUGGAUUUUAAAAUAAUUUUAGUUUCUGGUGUGUUAGAUGUAUGUAUUUGAGGUCACUUCUUUGUCAUAAGUAGGUCGUCAAUCAUUAUAGUUAUUUGUAUAUCGGAACUGACUUGUCUAACAACAAUAUUAAUAUCAUUACAUUCAUAACUAAUUUUAGUUAAAUAUGUAAUUUCUAUAUUUUUGUUAGAGUUAUUUUAAUGAAGGUACUGAGUUGUAGAGUAAUGAUUUAUUGUGCUAUGUUAAUUUCUUACACCGUUUGUGGCAAAGUAAAUAGUUGAUCGUGUAUUAUUUAGAUUAAUUGAAUGUGGAAUAAAGUUAAUAUACCUAA